AUGAGCCUGUGCAUGAAGGAGUGGGAGAAGAGAGUGGCGAAGAAGGUGGGAAAGGAGUGGUGGAACCUCAAGCCAAUGCAACGCCCCCAUGAUGUGAGGACUCAUGAGUGGAAGGGCAAGUGGGAAGGCUUCAUGCAGCAGUUCAGCAUCAAGGGCAACCCUAUUCAGAGGGUCACACAAAUGCUUCAUGAAUGGUCCAAGGAGUGCCUGUGGUGA